UGAAAGAACAUGAAAGACUAAAAAAUUAAAUAAAAAUAUUCAGAAUAAAAAUGCAAAAAAAUAAAAAAGGGUUUUGGGCUUUUUGGCUUCUUGGGCCUACUCAUCCGGUUGUCGGUUCUUGGGCUUAGGAACCGAUACCCGCCGGACUGGGCUCUCAAUUGCAACAGCAACGGAGGCCCAGCUCAACCGAAUGCUAAAAAAGCCCAACCUUCAUGUUGCGCAGGUGGGCAUGGCUUUUUUUACAGUUCGGGCCCAAACGCCUAGCCCUAAUUUUAGUUUCUGUUUAGUGUCAGACUUCUAUAUGAAUCUAAUACGGUAUCUUUUUGGUGGCAAAAAAAACGGAGAUAUAUAUAGUGUGUAUUGUUUAAUAAACAUUUUAAUAGAUUUGAUGAUUGUUUCAUAUAUAAAUUCCUUUCAAUUCUGCAAUAAAGGCAGUGAGACAGUGGGUGGACGAAAAAGAAAAAAUAGGGAAAUUAGUGACGGCUGUCAGCGCGCGCAGAAUGAAGGGUUGAGUAAAGACGCAAAAUAUAGGGCAAAACAGAAGGUAAACGUUUUUAUCAUUUCAUUUGCAGGUGUCGUCUUGAAUUUUUAUUACAUUAUGUACUUUCAGGCAGCGCAACAGGAACUGGAGAAGGAGAACAAGGACUUGAAGGCUAAAACUGAUGAAUUAGAACGUGAAAAUAUGCAAUUGAAGUGGGAUAAGGUUGGGCUUGAAAAGCGUGUUUUGGAACUUAAAAUUGAAGUUCAGGAGGCUGUUGUGGAGAAAGAAAAGGCUGCUGUGGAGAAAGAAAAGGCUGCUGUGGAGAAAGAAAAGGCUGUUGCGGGGCUUGAAAAGCAAGUAUUGGAACUUAAAAUUGAAGUUAAGGAGGCUGUUGUGGAGAAAGAAAAGGCUGUUGCGGAGAAAGAAAAGGCUGAGAGGAUACACAUUCAACAAAAGUUUGAUACCGAUCAAAAUUUGCAAAACCUAACUGAUGAGCUUUGCUUCUUCAAAUUUAUCUCCAAUAUAACGGCAGACGGAUCUGUAAGUCUGCCCUUUUUGUUGAAAUUGUUGAAAACCUAUGGUUUCUUUCUUCUUUUUGCAUAGCAUGAAGCCAAGUCCUCCAUGUACGUACUACUCUUCAUAAAUUGUCAGCUGACCA